GAUGUUUGCGAGAGAGGUUCCUGGUUGGCCCCAAAGAGGAAAGAUGCAAAAGACACAAACCACAAAACGAAAACCAACAAAGGCCCAAGCCUUUGUUGAAUUCCCUCGGCUCACAUCAAUCCAGGAUAGGCAACCACACCGGUCGCUACCCUCCGAUUAUCUCUUGACGAGCAAGGGAGCAUUGAUUUGCUGUGUUGGCUGUUGGCUGUUGGCUGGGUUACCACCGUUGGGCUAUCUAUCUCAGCGGUCCUUUCGGGGAGGAAUAAAACCGUUCUGAUCUCCCUCCCAUCUAUGUCCUCAGAUAACUAAUUGUGCGCAUCGAUCCUCAGAUAAACAACUGAUACAGCACAUAAACAACUGAUACAGCACAUGAAGAAGUUCCUGUCAGGCCCCGAAGCGACACCUCGCACUAGCAAUGAGUCCAUGGCUUCGUCAGACUCUGAUCCGAUUGGCUCUGGCAGCACGCAACAAAAGUUCCCUUUGAACCUGAGCCGAAGAGGCCGGCCCAGAAGAACCAAGUCAGCUGACUAUGUGGGCGAAGAUCCAUUGAGCAAUCUGAAUGGCCACUCGAGCCACCACGGUGGCAACUAUAUGACCCUCAAAAUGUGCAAACUCUGUACGAAAAAGCCUCUGAGGAUCACUGCCAAGGACGUUCAUGGCGCUGCCGAGGCCCACAAUUUGGGUGAUAAUGGAUUGAUUGAAUUGAUCCAUUCCAUCCGCAAUCAAAAGAUAUAUGCUCACUGUGGAGGAGAAGAGUCUGUGGAACUCGAGCAAGCAGAUGAUAUUGUGGCACGGGCCAUUGAAAAAACAAAGGCAAUGCAUACCGAACGAGAGGCCAAUUUCACGCCCAGUGACAUGUCCAUUUACAGAGCCAAUUUAGCAGCCAUGGGAAAAUUUGAAUGGGACGAACUCAAAAUAGGAGCUCUGCUAGGUGUGGGAGGGUUUUCCAAUGUCUCGGAACUCGCAGGAUUCCGAAUGGCAGAUGGGGUGCCGGCCCGUCGUUCUGUUGGUUCUGACGAUGGACUCCCCAAAACAACGGUAUUGCACAUGCCCGAUACCAGUGUCAACGAGUACGGAGGCGCCUACACCAAAAAGGAACUGGUCGCUCGCAAGUUUUUGGCCAAACAUGCCAUACGGGCAACCCCCGCGUUGACAUCGUCCACCUCCAGUCUGCCCAAAGGAUCUUCCCAUUCAAUGACAUCAUCCACUCGAACUCUAGACAGCAAGGGCGAAACCAUCUCGUAUCGGUACGCCCUCAAGCAUCUCCGGCCCGGAUUGAAAGACGUUUACGACAAACGAACCUUCAAUUGUGCUGCGGUCGAUCUCGUUUGGGAAGCACAGUUUCUUCUAUCGGUACAGCAUCCCAACAUUAUCAAACUGAGAGGAUUUGCUGCCGCAGGACCAUCCGGCUAUCGCAGUGGCAAACACAAUGGAUACUUUUUGAUCCUGGAUCAGUUGCCAGAAACAAUGGAGCAAAAACUAAUAGCGUGGAGAAAGCGAGUCAAAAAGUACAAGGCUGUCAAGAACAGUCUUGUCUCGAAAAUGAUCUUGAAAAAGAACAGAGAGACGGCCAGUAGCAAGCUCGAUGAGCUGCUUGAAGAGCGAUAUGCCGUGGCCUAUGAAAUUUGUGGUGCCAUGGAGUAUCUUCAUGAAAGACGCAUGGUCGCUCGCGAUUUAAAGAUUUCCAAUAUUGGUUUUGAUGUACGGGGCGAUGUCAAAUUGUUUGAUUUUGGAUUGAGCCGGUGGUUGCCGACCAGUUUGUUGCGAGACUCUAUCAAGACCCGAGAGGCGGUCUUGGAAGAAGCCUUUCACAUGUCGAGUGUUGGAACCAGAAUGUACAUGGCGCCUGAAGUCAUUCUACGUCAGCCCUACAGUACCCGAGCCGAUGUGUACAGUUUUGGAAUUCUGCUCUGGGAAAUGCUGGCCUUGGCAGAUCCCACGACAUGGUGUCUCUGCGAUGAUAGCAAAGAAGCUGUGGAAAAGGCAGCACCCAAAAUGCCAGACCAAAUGCCGCUCUGUCCGUGCUGGCCAGAGCCACUUCAAGACACCAUGAAAAGUUGUCUAGCUGUUCACCCCAACAAACGACCCUCCUUCACAGCGAUUCGAAAAGUAUUUCGAGAAGAAUUGCACGUUGCUGUGAGGGACGACGACGAAAAUAUCGAUUCGACCCGCUAUUCUCGUCAGGCAUCCAUCAAUGAUUCCGAACGUCCAGAGUUUUAUGACGAUGAUCAGAUCGCUAGCACGCGCAGUACCGGACUUCCAUUGCCCGACGUUUCGGAUUUGAAAUAUGCCAGUGACGAUGAUCUCCCCAGCAGCCGUGCGCUGGGUGUAGGGACGGACACUGAUGACGAGGAAGAAGGAAGAGAUCAGUUGAUGGAUUUGUCCAGCAAAAUGGAAGACUGCGUGGGAUCGCCGCAGGAGCGACGUCGUUCUACUCACGUCCUCAAUUUCCAAGACUUGUCAUGGUUGUCGUCGAACAAUUCGUUCAACACGAGCUUCACUGGCAGCGACAAAGCCGGAGCUGCUGGUGAAAGGGUAAUCGUUGAAGAAUCUCAAGUGCAGCGAUCCAGUGGAUAACUACAUGUAUCAUGGGGGCCUGAAACAAUGCUGUCGAGCGAGAAAGUGCCAUGUGUUUUCAAAGCAAUAAGUCGCCCUUCAGAGAGCCACCAGUUUUGAUACAUGAAACGAAAAGACGUCCCAAAGUUAGCAGCUGCGUUCUCUUUUAUCAGAAGCCUUGCCCUCUGAGCAUUAUACCGGGAUGGCAUUGCAAUCUAGCGCGGAAGGCGAAGCUGCCACGACGACAAUUCUUUAGUUUGGCUUCAUGCCUGAGCCCAACCUCUUUGUUUCGUCUGGACUUUGGGGUUGAAAUAUUGGUUCCCUGGUCAUAAUACUUGCUUGGGUUGUGUUCCUCAAGACUCUUCUCCCUUGCUUACUAAUAUGAUUAGUAGCCCGAUCUAAAUGAUCACCGGCAAAACUGUUAUUGUAUGGAAUGUUUACACGUUCUAGUUUUUUUUAAAUUACUUCUGUGACAACGAGG